AGCAGGACCUCCUUUUUUGCUUUGCUCACAGCCAACCAAAAGAUCAAAAAGAAAACCAAAAGAAAAGAUUUGGGGAACAAAUCCCCAGAUUCGGAAACAGAGGAAGACGAAUCAAUCAGAGGAGUGGCAUGCACACACGUCACCGCCUCGGGGAGCCCACAUCGCCGCUGCUUCUCCAGCUACAUCUUCUUCCUCAACCCCGUUAGUUUCGUCCUGCCCAGAUCCUGGUGGAGCGGCUAGGCUGCAGCAAUCCGUGGGCAAACAUGAGUGGGUUGAAAAAGAAGUUAUUUUCUCUUUAGCAACAGGAACCAGAACUAAAUCAUAUAGUUGUCUUAUGGCACGCUUCUGAUGUCCAACACUACAAUGGGAAGUACCACUCGAUCAUGCGAUGCGUACCUGCUGUUCAAUGGCGAAACACUGCUUCCAAAUGGUGUCCGUGCUUUCCUUUGUACUGUUGCCCUAGCGUACUGUUUUAUUGGUUUAUCCGCGAUCACUGCCCGGUUCUUCAAGUCGAUGGAGAGCAUCACAAACCACUCUCGGGAGGUAGUUACAGUUGAUACAGAAACAAAUACGCCUAUCGUGAAGCAUGAGAAGGUUUGGAACUACACUAUAGCGGACAUUGCUCUGCUUGCUUUUGGUACCAGCUUUCCCCAGAUCUCCCUCGCAACAAUCGAUGCAAUCCGUAAUCUCGGUCAACUGACAGCAGGAGGUUUAGGUCCAGGUACACUUGUGGGUUCUGCUGCGUUCGAUCUGUUCCCGAUCCAUGCUGUCUGUGUGGUUAUGCCAAGGGCAGGCUCUAUGAAAAAGAUUUCCGAUUUAGGUGUUUGGUUAGUUGAGCUGUUUUGGUCAUUCUGGGCAUACAUCUGGCUGUAUAUUAUUUUAGAGGUGUGGACACCUAAUGUGAUCACCCUCUGGGAGGCCCUGCUAACAGUUUUGCAGUAUGGAUUACUUUUGGUUCAUGCGUAUGCGCAGGAUAAGCGGUGGCCAUAUGUGUCAAUCCCUUUGGUCAGAGGUGAGAGACCUGAAGAUUGGGUUCCAGCAGAAGAUACUUCACUUCACCAUGACAAAAAUUGUGAUGAAAAUAGUGACAUACUACCCAGCGAGAAUGAUGAUGUUGUGGAUAUAUUCUCCAUUCAUUCUUACAGCAAUGCAGGGUAUCAUCAUGUUCCGGAAAAGGAUAUAGAAGAAUCGUCCAAAACAACUCUUGUAGUAAAGAACACACAAGAGGAUAUUUACUGGCUUUCUGUUUGGCGGCAACAAUUUGUGGAUGCUGUAAUGCUGGAGAGUCCUGAGCUAAAGAAAAUGGAUCCUGUCUGCCUGAGAUUUAUCAUAAUAUGUUGGAACUCAAUCAUCGCACCUUGGAAAUUGUUGUUUGCUUUUGUGCCCCCGUAUCAAAUCGCACAUGGAUGGAUUGCUUUUAUUUUCUCUCUGAUCUUCAUAAGUGGUAUUGCCUAUGGGGUCACCAAUAUUACAGACCAGAUAAGCUGUGUCACAGGACUAAACCCAUAUGUUAUAGCAUUCACAGCGCUGGCUGCUGGAACCUCAUGGCCGGAUCUAGUCGCUAGCAAGAUUGCUGCCGAGCGUCAAGUUACUGCAGACUCUGCAAUUGCCAACAUCACUUGCAGCAAUUCAGUGAACAUAUACGUUGGCAUUGGUGUUCCGUGGUUGAUCAACACAGUGUACAAUUUCUUUGCCUACCAGGAACCAUUGUACAUAGACAAUGCUGCUGGUCUCAGCUUCUCACUUCUGGUCUUCUUCGCAACAUCUUUUGGUUGUAUCACAGUUUUGGUUCUCCGCCGCAUAGUAUUUGGUGCUGAGCUUGGGGGGCCUAGGCUGUGGGCUUGGGCAACAUCGGCUUAUUUCAUGGUCCUUUGGGUUGUUUUUGUUCUACUUUCUUCUUUAAGAGUUUCUGGGGUAAUAUAGACUUUUAUAGGAGCAAAAUAUGGUUCUGCCUGGUAAAAAAAUGGUUGGGUAUUUAUUCAAGACACAUAGCCAACCAAAGUUAGUCGUUUGAUUAGGUAUUGUAGAUACAUACUCUAUUAUUCAUUCAAGCCGAACAUGUCAUAUACUCUAUUCGUAUGAUGGAUGCAUGUUUUUCAAAA